UCAGGUUCUCCAUUUGAAACAGAUAAUAAUUCAGUAGAAAUAUUAAACGAGCUUGCAGUUGUAAAUGCAUCGACUGUGCAAGAACCUUCAUAUGUAAUCGAAAAUUUGUUUAAUACCUUGAUUACAGAAGAGGACUUUAAAUUAUUUCUUAAUUUCGAGUGCAAAGAUAUUAUUCAAUCAUACAAAGAGAAGCAAUUAUUAGGACGGUAUGACAGAAUAAAUUUAAGCAAAAGUAUUAUCAAUCAUCUUUUAAACGUGGAUCCUUAUAUGAAUAUACGAAAAGAAGAUUUUGAAAGAUUGGCUUCUUAUAUUGUGAAAGCAUUUCCAAACGAAUCAAAAGAUUCUUACUACACAAAAUAUUCAACUGGACGUUUGGCUUCUGGUAAAUUAUAUGAUGCAUAUACAAAUGCAAAAACCAAAUUAGCUAAAAAAGGUUUGAUACAUCGCAGAAGUCGCUCUAAGAGUCUCUCAUCUACUUGUACUGAAUCAACUUUAGUUUCACCUAUUCACCUUAACUUAGAUAACGAUCAAUCGACAAUACUGGAAAUUGUCGAGGAAAUUUCAGCUGCUUCAACAAUUUCGGACGAAUUGCGGUGCAAAUGGGAGAUCACAUUUGAUCACCGAUGUAUGCUAUUAGAAAAGGAUACUCCAACUUCAGAGUACAUCGAUAAGUUUUCUGUGUUGAAGAGCGGAGCAGGCUAUGAAUUGGUAAGAACUUUGCAAUUUUCAAAGCAGAUUUCAUUUAAAGAUAAAACAAUAUUUUUUAUAAAGUUGGUUUUAGAUGCUGAAAAACGGUAUGGAACCAAAAUAGUACCAAAGAUAACUGAGAAAAAUAUUCAACUCAUUAUUAAAGAAGCCCAUUUAAGUAGGAACUUGAAAACUAAGGAAAUAUUAAAGGCUUUGGAGAAUGAAACAGACGAUAGUAAAAGAAAAUGUUGGGCUCUUUUGAUUUUGCCAUAUGUAAUACCAGUUUCAAAUAUUAAGCGAAAGUUGUCAACAAAAUUGUACAGGCCUUCAAAAAUUGAAACUCAAGAAGCGUUUAUAGCACAUUAUAAGAGUAUACCAGAAGCAGAUCACGCAGAGAGGCAAUAUAUCAACCAAUGCAGAAAAGUUAAAGUCAAUAUCCAGCCAAAAAUAGUUUUUAUAGGAGAAAAUAUCGAUUUGACGUGGGUUUUAGUGUCACAUGUCAAAUAUUGUUUUAAAAAUCCGUUGGAAGCAGUUACUGCAUGCUUCAGUGUUUUCAUGGGACUUAACAUACAAUAUCCACCCGAAUGCAAAAGAAUCUGGUAUUUUGUUCAAAAUUACAUUUACAAAAUUACAACUAAAUAUGACAAGGAUGAUGCUGUAUUGAAGACCUUAGCUUUAGAUUUAGAAUUCCUGCAACAAAAUAAAAAUUAAAAUCUUAAUAAGAAUGAACAA